ACAUGUCUAGGCGAAUGUUCUCUCUUCUGUUUGAAAAGUUGAAAACAAAAACAAAAACAGCUGAGCUCUUGGAAAACCCAUGGACGAUACUUAGGCAAUAGAUCUCCUCACCAUUUAUUAAAAAAACAAUCUCAUCUGAUCUAUAAACUGCUCUUUUUUUUUGAAGGGGAUUAUUUAAAGAGUAAUAUCUAAUGGAAGGAGUUGGGGGUGAUGCUGCCUCUGCAGUGGCGCCUCUUGCCAAGUUGAGAAAUGAUUUCACGAGGAUGUUUCAGUACUAUUUGGAUCGGUCCACUCCUCACAUGGUCCAGCGAUGGCUGGGAACUCUUGCUGUUGCGGCAAUUUACAUGUUGCGGGUUUACUAUGUUCAGGGAUUUUACAUUGUAUCAUAUGGCCUUGGGAUUUACAUCUUGAAUCUAUUGAUUGGGUUUCUGUCACCUAAGAUUGAUCCAGAGCUUGAAGUCUUGGAUGGGGCUUCUUUGCCAACAAAAGGCUCAGAUGAGUUCAGGCCAUUUGUGCGCCGCCUUCCUGAGUUUAAGUUCUGGUAUUCCAUCACUAAAGCUUUCUGUGUGGCGUUUCUGAUGACCUUCUUUUCUGUGUUUGAUGUCCCUGUUUUCUGGCCUAUACUGCUUUGUUAUUGGGUUGUGCUGUUUGUCCUCACAAUGAAGCGCCAAAUUAUGCACAUGAUUAAGUAUAGAUAUGUCCCGUUCAGCAUUGGAAAGCAGAGGUAUACUGGGAAGAAGUCCGCUACAAGUAAAGGUCGCAUAGUGGACUGAAGCUUUGAAACAUCCACUUUUAGGAAAAGCGUGGGAGAAGUGCAGCCCUGCAAUUUUGCUGCCCUUGGAUUUUUUAGGUGGAGCACAUGUUUUAGGCUAAAGCCACCUCCAAAGUUAACACAAAUGUCGAAAAUUCCAUUUUGUUUAUGAUUAAUUGUUACUUGCAUGAUUUGGGUUUCUCACAUUUCUUGAAUUAUCUUUAUUUGUUUUAUUUUCUUGACAUGCUGUAUUUUCCAAGGAAUCAAAUCUGAAAAAUGAUGAGGCUCCAUAUCUUCAGCCUUUUUUCUAACUAGUCCUUUUGAGCCAUUAGAAUUUGUAAACUAAACACGUCCUGUUACAAUGUGUUGAUUACAUUAAACAAGAAUUGAUGCUUGGGUUGAUUUUCCCAAUUUCUAGAA